AAUGAAAUGAAGUCUGCCGAUCAGAAGGCCACGUGGCUCCUAUCACUAUCUAAAUAGAGUCCUAAUGUUUUUAUUUCACACUUUAUGGCCAAUCAAAGCAAGACCAUUUGGCUUCUAUCCUCAAAUGGCCAUAAGCUGCAGUGUCAUGUGAGCACGGAUAAACCUUUGGCCGCACUUCUCAAGCAAAAAUACGCCCUGGCACUUGGCGUUUCUUCUGAGCCCCUGAUCCUGCUCUUCGAUGGGAAGAAAAUCCAGGAGGAGGACACAUUUGACUCUUUGGCCAUGGAGGCUCAUGACAUCGUAGAUGUUUUAGAAGGAAGUGAGUGCACGAAGACCGUGAAAACCUAAUAAAGCCAAGUUAAUGCAGGCAAUGAACUACGAGAGGAUAGCAGGCGACAUAUGCUAGUCAUACACUGAAAGAAUUCUUGUUGGAUACAAAUUGUGAAAAUGUUUUAUUUAUAAAUGUUUCAUUAGUAAUAGAAAGACCUCGCCAAUA